GUGACGUCACUGAAGCAAGGUCCCGCCCACUGCUUCGCUAUUGGUCGGCUAUCGAGUUGCAAGCGGAGGUACCAUGACGACUUCUGUCCCAGUUUAUUUCCGGAAGUAACUUGUCACUUUUCGCCACUUUACCAAAAACAAAAGUCACGAAGAUUGCCAUUAUUGGCGUGCCCUCACCCAGGAGAUGGCACACUGGUUUCACCGAAACCCUCUGAAGGCGACAGCGCCCGUCUCCUUUAAUUUUUAUGGUGUAGCAGGGAGCCCCGCAGCCAAUAAAAUCUGCAAUGACCUAAGGACAACCAGGGCGAGGCUGCUGGAAAUGUUCACGGAUGUCACCUGCAACGCAGAGAUGAUGAAAAGUGCCACAGAUGCAUACUUCUCCCUCCUGCAAUGCUUCAUUGUCUCCUUGGAUGGAACUACACAGGACAACAAGAUGAGAUACAUUCAGAACUUCAAAUGGACUGAUACUUUGCAAGGGAACGCACCAAGUGCCCAACAGGAUGCGGUUUUCGAGCUGGUCUCCAUGGCCUUCAACGUCGCGCUCUGGUACACCAAGUUCGCCUCCAGACUUGCCGGAAAAGAAAAUGUGUCAGAGGACGAAGCAAAAGUUGUUCACCGCAGCCUGAAAGUCGCUGCCGGAAUAUUCAAAAAUCUUCGGGAGGCCCACAUCCCUCGUCUCAUCACCCCUGCCGAAAAAGGGAGGGACCUGGAUCCCAGAGUGAUUGACGCCUACAUGAUCCAAUCGCAGGCAGAAGCUCAAGAAGUGACCAUCGCCAGAGCCAUUGAACUGAAGCACAACGCCUCAAUUGUCGCCGCGUUGGCAUCGGAGACGGCAAACUUUUAUCAGAAAGCUGACCACACUCUGAACACUUUGGAGCCCGAGUACAGCGGCAAGUGGAGGAAGUAUCUCCAGCUGAAGUUCUUCUUCUACAUGGCUUAUGCGUAUUGCUAUCACGGACAGACGCUGCUGGCGAAUGAUAAAUGCGGCGAGGCGAUCCGAUCUCUCCAAGAAGCCGAAAAGGCGUAUUCCCGUGCUGAAGAACUGUGCAAAGACUAUCGUCACACCAAAGGUCCGGGCACCACGGCCAAACCAUCUGAGCAGCUUUUCUUCCUCAAACUGGGCGGCUUCAUUAAGAACACGCUGGAAAAGUGCCAGAGAGAGAACGGCUUCAUAUACUUCCACAAGGUCCCAGCUGAACCUCCCCAGUUAGAGUUGAAGGCAAACUAUGGCCUGGUCGAGCCAGUCCCCUUUGAACUGCCGUCCCCCAGUGAGCAGUGCACCCCCGAAGUUUAUGCCACCUUUGACCUGACCAAGGGAGCCAAAAAUGACAAGGCAAAGCUUAAAGAGGAAGAUGUGAAACCAAUGAAGGAACCCGAUUUAAAGCCCCAGAAGGACACAGGCUGCGCCAUUUCCUAAAUUCAUUUGAGUCAUUCCUCUCAUGAUGCAGUAGCAUCCAGUAUCCACACAAGUUAUAUCCUCUUACACGUAUGCUGGAAUGUUUUGCGUAUUCCGAUGUAACCACCAUUGGCAGUUAUGGUUUUUUUUAGAGCUCGUAUUAUUUGUGGCAUUUGAUUGAAACUGUAACCCCCAUCAUGUAAACCUGUAACGUGUACUCGGCUCAGACUUUGUCAUUCAGCUUGACGUAGCUUGGCUGGGUUUAUUCUUCUUCAAAUUCACUCUUAUGACUAAAAGUCAUAUCAUUUUACAUGAAUAUAAAUCCAUAAUGGAUAAACAAAAUAAAUCAGACUGAUGACCUAAUUUAGCGUAUUGUAGGUGAAGCGGUUGCCAAUAAUGUUAGUUCACAAGCGUAGGCAUUUUUUUUGUUGGACCUACCAUGGAUCUGUCAGUUUACUAAUCAAGAAUAAAACAAAAAAACAAGAUAGCUUAUUCUUGGGAUUUCAUCAUCAGAGUUCUUUAUUUCUUCAUUUUCUGGAUAUUUUAGGGUACAACUUAAAACCAGGCGGCCCGGCAGUCCAGUGGUUAGCACAUCGGCUUCACAGUGCAGAGGUACCGGGUUCGAUUCCAGCUCCGGCCUCCCUGUGUGGAGUUUGCAUGUUCUCCCCGGGCCUGUGUGGGUUUUCUCCGGGUGCUCCGGUUUCCUCCCACAUUCCAAAAACAUGCGUGGCAGGCUGAUUGAACACUCUAAAUUGUCCUUAGGUGUGAGUGUGAGCGUGGAUGCUUGUUCGUUUCUGUGUGCCCUGCGAUUGGCUGGCAACCGAUUCAGGGUGUCCCCCGCCUACUGCCCGGAGACGGCUGGGAUGGGCUCCAGCACCCCCCGCCACCCUAGUGAGGAUCGAGCGGCUUGGAAGAUGAAUGAAUGAAUGAAUGAAUGAAUGAAUGAACUUAAAACCAACAGUAUCAAAUUCAGUGUGAUUCUAAAAAUAUUGUCCAACUUAUUUUUUUUUGGUAAUAUUCUUUAUAUGUAACAAUUGCCUUGUAUAAACUGCUGAUUUAUAUUUUUACUCACUGUAUGCUAUUUGAUGGCGUUCCCCCGAGACUUGAGUGCAAAUGCAAAAAGACGAUUAAAGGAAGGGCUCCGCUUGACAGACAAUUAUCAUAUCCUCCCAGACUCCCCAGUUGGAUUUCAAUCGAAGUGAGCUGAAGCACAGCCAGUCAAAUUGUGUACAUUGUUGUAUGCUAUCAUUGUGUUGUAUGCUACUCACAACAUUUUUGUCUCCAGGCUCGAUGGCGACGGUCACAUGGGAAAAAAUGGGAAUGCUGGCAAAAUUCUACAAAACAUGAAUGCGAUGCGAGAAACAAUUUUCUUCUCUUUGGAACCGAUCGAUGGUUGUUUUGUAUUUUCAUCAAGACACUUUGUUCAUCAGUAAAGGUAGACAUCACGUGGUUCGCGCUCACAAUUGAAAAUCAUUGUAAACUACCUGUUGUAAUUUAUGUAAACUGUAUCACAAUCAAUAUUAAAUCACAAUUAUAACUAA